GAGUGUUCCCACUGCUGGCUGGCUGCUCUUUCUUCCUUCCCAAGUCUUCUACUUUUCUCUCUAAUGGCGGAGCCCCUCCCGCCGGAUGCGCCGGCGAACGGACCUAGCUCCAUCGCCCCCUCAUCGGCCGUUGCUGACCAACUUCCCUCUGGCCCUAGCUCCAAGCGACAGCGCCGGCCCAGUGUCCGGCUUGGCGAGAUUGGAGAACCACCAGCAGCCAUCCCCCAUGAACCCCUCCUCCGCCGCCCCAAACACUGGUCCCUCCCUUCCAAACCCUCCCUCAAGCCCCGCGUUGUCACCAUCCCCUCCGAUGACCAUGAAGAUGAGCACAAUCCUCCUGAAACCCUAACCCUCGCCUUCAAGAAAGGCCUCCGUGAUGGUAAACCCCGGCGUGGUCCUCCUGCCUCUCUUCGCCGCGCCAGAUCGAACUGGAUUUCGAGGCCUGACGACGUUGCUGAAGCUGGUGAAUUGAAGUCCAGCGGCGGAGAGGACGCUGGGGAUGAUGGCUUCCGGGAGGACUCUGAGAACCGUGAGGUUGCUGCUGCUGAUGGGGAUGAACCGUCGGAGACUGACGGUGGGGAUUGGAAUGAGAACCGGAAUGGUGGGGUGCGGUCGUGGCUUGAUCGAUUAGGGCUGGGGCGAUACGCUCCGGUGUUUGAGAUCCAUGAGGUGGAUGAGGAGGUGCUGCCAUUGUUGACGCUUGAGGACUUGAAGGAUAUGGGCAUCAAUGCUGUUGGAUCUAGGAGGAAGAUGUAUUCUGCCAUCCAGAAGCUCCGGAAAGGUUUUACAUAAGUCAACAUGUGGCCCGAAAUUAUUCUUGAAGACUGAAGAGUAGGUUCACUGUCUAUGAACUAUGCUAGGGAAGACCACCUCUUCUUGCAUCUGCUAUUUGCUUAUGAAAAUUCAACCUUCAGUUUUUGGGCAAUUAAAUCUAUUGUUUUAGAGGAGCUAUGUAUAGAGAAAAGCACAUUGCUUUAUUUAAUGUAACAUUUAGCUCCCACUUGAUUGAUCUCAAGUCUGUUGCUUAGCAUACUUGGCUUUGCUUUUUAUUGUGUUUAACUAUCUCUGGAACUUGUCUUCUCUA